UGAAUUGGAAAUGGUCACUGAAGGCAGCCUGCAGUUGCUGGGGUUUUGAGUUCUCUGACACCAGCCAGCCUGCCAGCAGAUGGGGAGAACUGGUGAGGGGCGUUUAGGGGAAUUGAGCAGAGGAGCCGAGGAUCGUCUGGAUGAAUCGUCCACAUUAGUGUCCCCCUGGGCGCCCUGGACAGAGCACAAAGGGCAAGGACAGGCCCACCGACGGCUGGCACCAUAGAAGGGAGAUGGGUAAUGCAGCUCUCUGCCCAUCUUGCCAUGCAGAUAAGAGCGUAAGAGCACAGGGCCACUUGCAGGAAUUGGAGAGAACCCCAGACUACUAUGGCUGUAACGGCGAGGACACCAGUGAACUUGGGCUGCGGUCUGACAGCAAUGCAAGCUUCCUCCGUGCUGCCAGAGCAGGCAACCUAGACAAAGUGGUGGAAUAUCUGAAGGGGGGCAUAGACAUCAAUACCUGCAACCAGAAUGGACUCAACGCUCUCCAUCUGGCUGCCAAGGAGGGCCACGUGGGGCUGGUCCAGGAGCUGCUGGGAAGAGGGUCCUCUGUGGAUUCUGCUACGAAGAAAGGAAAUACUGCUCUUCACAUCGCGUCCUUGGCUGGACAAGCAGAAGUUGUCAAAGUCCUUGUUAAGGAAGGAGCCAAUAUUAACGCACAGUCUCAGAAUGGCUUCACUCCUUUGUACAUGGCUGCCCAAGAGAACCACAUCGAUGUUGUAAAAUAUUUACUGGAAAAUGGAGCUAAUCAGAGCACUGCCACCGAGGAUGGCUUCACGCCCCUCGCGGUGGCCCUCCAGCAAGGACACAACCAGGCGGUGGCCAUCCUCUUGGAGAAUGACACCAAAGGGAAGGUGCGGCUGCCAGCUCUGCAUAUUGCAGCGAGGAAAGAUGACACCAAAUCUGCCGCACUCCUGCUUCAGAACGAUCACAAUGCUGACGUACAAUCCAAGAGUGGUUUCACCCCUUUGCACAUUGCCGCCCACUAUGGAAACGUCAACGUGGCCACUCUUCUUUUAAACCGGGGAGCUGCUGUGGACUUCACAGCCAGGAAUGGAAUCACUCCUCUGCAUGUGGCUUCCAAAAGGGGAAACACAAACAUGGUGAAGCUCUUACUGGAUCGUGGUGGUCAGAUUGAUGCUAAAACUAGGGAUGGGUUGACACCCCUUCAUUGUGCUGCAAGAAGUGGACAUGACCAAGUGGUGGAGCUUCUGCUGGAGAGGGGGGCUCCCUUGUUGGCAAGGACGAAGAAUGGGCUGUCUCCACUUCACAUGGCGGCACAGGGUGACCACGUGGAAUGUGUGAAGCACUUGCUACAGCACAAGGCACCUGUUGAUGACGUCACCUUGGACUACCUGACAGCCCUCCAUGUUGCUGCACACUGUGGCCACUACCGUGUAACCAAACUCCUUCUGGACAAGAGAGCCAAUCCCAACGCCAGAGCCCUGAAUGGUUUUACUCCACUGCACAUUGCCUGCAAGAAAAACCGCAUCAAAGUCAUGGAACUGCUGGUGAAAUAUGGGGCUUCAAUCCAAGCUAUAACAGAGUCUGGCCUCACACCAAUACAUGUGGCUGCCUUCAUGGGCCACUUGAACAUUGUCCUCCUUCUGCUGCAGAACGGAGCCUCUCCAGAUGUCACUAACAUUCGUGGGGAGACAGCACUGCACAUGGCAGCCCGGGCGGGGCAGGUGGAAGUGGUCCGAUGCCUCCUGAGAAACGGUGCUCUCGUCGAUGCCAGAGCCAGGGAGGAACAGACACCUUUGCAUAUUGCCUCUCGCCUGGGUAAGACAGAAAUUGUUCAGCUGCUUCUACAGCAUAUGGCUCAUCCAGAUGCAGCCACCACAAAUGGGUACACACCACUGCACAUCUCUGCCAGGGAAGGCCAGGUAGACGUGGCAUCCGUCCUCCUGGAAGCAGGAGCAGCUCACUCCUUAGCUACCAAGAAGGGUUUCACCCCACUGCACGUAGCAGCCAAGUAUGGAAGCCUGGAUGUGGCAAAACUUCUCUUGCAACGCCGUGCUGCCGCAGACUCUGCGGGGAAGAAUGGCCUUACCCCGCUCCAUGUUGCUGCUCAUUAUGACAACCAGAAGGUGGCACUGCUGUUGCUGGAGAAGGGUGCUUCCCCUCAUGCCACUGCCAAGAAUGGCUACACUCCUUUACAUAUUGCUGCCAAGAAGAAUCAAAUGCAGAUAGCUUCCACACUGCUGAACUAUGGAGCAGAGACAAACAUCGUGACCAAGCAAGGGGUGACUCCGCUCCAUCUGGCCUCACAGGAGGGGCACACAGAUAUGGUCACCUUGCUUCUGGAUAAGGGAGCCAACAUCCACAUGUCAACCAAGAGUGGACUCACGUCCUUACACCUUGCAGCCCAGGAAGAUAAAGUCAACGUUGCUGAUAUUCUCACCAAGCAUGGAGCCGACCAGGAUGCUCACACAAAGCUCGGUUACACUCCUUUAAUUGUGGCCUGUCACUAUGGAAAUGUGAAAAUGGUCAACUUUCUUCUGAAGCAGGGAGCCAAUGUCAAUGCAAAAACCAAGAAUGGCUACACGCCUCUGCACCAGGCCGCCCAGCAGGGCCACACGCACAUCAUCAACGUCCUGCUGCAGCAUGGGGCCAAGCCCAACGCGACCACCGCGAAUGGCAACACUGCCUUGGCGAUUGCUAAGCGUCUGGGCUACAUCUCCGUGGUGGACACCCUGAAGGUUGUAACGGAGGAGGUCACCACCACCACCACGACUAUCACUGAAAAACACAAGCUAAAUGUUCCUGAGACCAUGACUGAGGUUCUUGAUGUUUCUGAUGAAGAGGCUUUUAAACAGUUUGGUGACCACUUUGUUGAUGGAGAAGUGCUUAGUGAUUCAGGUGAUGACACAAUGACGGGCGAUGGAGGAGAAUACCUUAGACCCGAGGAUCUAAAAGAGCUGGGUGAUGACUCUCUACCCAGCAGUCAGUUCCUGGAUGGGAUGAACUACCUGCGUUACAGCUUGGAGGGAGGACGCUCCGACAGCCUUCGAUCCUUCAGUUCCGACAGGUCUCACACCCUGAGCCAUGCCUCUUACCUGAGGGACAGUGCCAUGAUCGACGACACGGUUGUGAUACCCAGUCACCAGGUGUCAACUCUAGCCAAGGAGGCAGAAAGGAAUUCUUAUCGUCUAAGCUGGGGCACUGAGAACUUAGACAACGUGGCUCUUUCUUCCAGUCCUAUUCAUUCAGGCCGCACCUCUCCAUGUCUUGAUCGUGACAACAGCAGCUUCCUGGUUAGUUUUAUGGUGGAUGCCCGGGGUGGCGCCAUGCGAGGAUGCAGACACAACGGGCUCCGUAUCAUUAUUCCACCUCGGAAAUGUACCGCCCCAACUCGAGUCACCUGCCGACUGGUCAAACGCCAUAGACUGGCGACAAUGCCUCCAAUGGUGGAAGGAGAAGGCCUGGCCAGUCGCCUGAUUGAAGUUGGACCUUCUGGUGCUCAGUUCCUUGGGCCUGUGAUCGUGGAGAUCCCUCAUUUUGCCGCCCUUCGAGGAAAGGAGAGGGAACUGGUCGUCCUGCGCAGUGAGAACGGGGACAGCUGGAAAGAGCAUUACUGUGAAUACACUGAGGACGAACUGAACGAAAUCCUCAAUGGCAUGGAUGAAGUGCUUGACAGCCCGGAAGACCUAGAAAAGAAACGAAUCUGCCGCAUCAUCACCCGUGACUUCCCACAGUACUUUGCAGUGGUGUCUCGCAUCAAACAGGACAGCAACCUGAUUGGCCCAGAGGGCGGUGUGCUGAGCAGCACAGUGGUGCCGCAGGUGCAGGCCGUCUUCCCAGAGGGGGCGCUCACCAAGCGGAUCCGUGUAGGCCUCCAGGCUCAACCUAUGCACAGUGAGUUGGUUAAGAAGAUCCUAGGCAACAAAGCUACCUUCAGCCCUAUAGUCACCUUGGAACCUAGAAGAAGAAAAUUUCACAAGCCAAUUACCAUGACCAUUCCUGUCCCCAAAGCUUCAAGUGAUGUCAUGUUGAAUGGUUUUGGGGGAGAUGCACCAACCUUAAGAUUACUAUGCAGCAUCACAGGUGGAACCACUCCUGCUCAGUGGGAAGAUAUUACAGGAACUACACCAUUAACAUUUGUCAAUGAAUGUGUUUCCUUUACAACCAAUGUGUCUGCCAGAUUCUGGCUGAUAGAUUGUCGACAAAUCCAGGAAUCCGUUACCUUCGCAUCACAAGUAUAUAGAGAAAUUAUCUGUGUACCAUAUAUGGCCAAAUUUGUAGUGUUUGCCAAAUCACAUGACCCCAUUGAAGCCAGGUUGAGGUGUUUCUGCAUGACUGAUGACAAAGUGGAUAAGACUCUUGAACAGCAAGAAAACUUCGCUGAGGUGGCCAGAAGCAGGGAUGUGGAGGUAUUAGAAGGAAAACCCAUCUAUGUUGAUUGUUUUGGCAACCUGGUGCCGUUAACCAAGAGUGGCCAACAUCAUAUAUUCAGUUUUUUUGCCUUCAAAGAAAAUAGACUUCCUCUCUUUGUCAAGGUACGUGAUACGACUCAGGAACCUUGCGGACGACUAUCAUUUAUGAAAGAGCCAAAAUCUACAAGAGGCCUUGUGCAUCAAGCUAUUUGCAACUUAAACAUCACCCUGCCAAUUUAUACGAAGGAAUCAGAGUCAGAUCAAGAACAGGAGGAAGAGAUCGAUAUGACAUCAGAAAAAAAUGAUGAGACAGAAUCUACAGAAACAUCUGUCCUGAAAAGUCACCUGGUUAAUGAAGUUCCUGUCCUGGCAAGUCCGGACUUGCUCUCUGAAGUUUCUGAGAUGAAACAAGAUUUGAUCAAAAUGACCGCCAUCCUGACCACAGAUGUGUCUGAUAGGGCAGGUUCCCUUAAAGUGAAGGAGCUGGUGAAGGCUGCCGAGGAAGAGCCAGGGGAGCCUUUUGAGAUUGUUGAAAGAGUUAAAGAGGACUUAGAGAAAGUGAACGAAAUCCUGAGAAGCGGAACCUGCGCAGGAGAUGAAGGCAGUGAGCCCAGGUCCCAGCCAGAGAGAGAAGUAGUGGAAGAGGAGUGGGUUAUUGUCAGUGAUGAGGAGAUAGAGGAGGCGAAGCGGAAAGCACCUUUAGAAAUCACCGAAUAUCCAUGUGUAGAAGUUAGACUAGAUAAAGAGACCAAAGUCAAAGUAGAGAAAGACUCCCUGGGGCUCGUGAACUACCUGUCUGAGGAUCUAAAUUCCUACGUGCCCCCACACGGAGAACCACCGCAGAUGGAGCGAGAGCUGGCAGGAGAGAAACAGGAGGCACUGGGUCCUGGCAGGAGCUCUGAGAGUGAAGGGAAAGAUGCCCCCUCCGAGGAGACACAGAGUACCCAGAAGCAGCCUAAGCCAAGCCUGGGAAUAAAGAAGCCAGUGAGAAGGAAAUUGAAAGAUAAACAAAAACAAAAAGAGGAUAGUUUACAAGCUAGUGCAGACAAAAGCGAACUUAAAAAAGGUAGUUCGGAAGAGUCAUUAGAUGAAGACACAGGUUUAGCCCCCGAGCCUCUUCCUGCGGUAAAAGCUACAUCCCCUUUGAUAGAAGAAACUCCUAUUGGUUCCAUAAAGGACAAGGUGAAGGCCCUUCAGAAACGCGUGGAGGAUGAACAGAAAGGGCGAAGCAAAUUGCCUGUCAGAGUCAAAGGCAAAGAGGAUGUGCCAAAAAAGAUAACCCACAGGACGCAGCUGGCUGCUUCGCCCUCUCUCAAAUCCGAGAGGCAUGCACUAGCCGCUAAACCAGAAAGGCACUCUUCUCUUUCCUCCCCUGCAAAAACUGAAAGGCAUCCUCCAGUAUCACCAUCCAGUAAAACUGAGAAACACUCACCUGUGUCGCCCUCUGCAAAAACUGAACGCCACUCUCCUGUGUCAUCAUCCAGCAAAACCGAGAAACACUCACCCGUGUCACCCUCAACAAAACCCGACCACCACUCUCCUGUAUCCUCUGCUACAAAAACAGAAAGACACCCACCUGUUUCGCCUUCAGGGAAGACAGACAAACGCCCCCCUGUAUCGCCCUCUGGGAGAACAGAGAAACAUCCGCCGGUGUCACCUGGCAGAACAGAGAAACGCUUGCCUGUUUCACCAGCUGGAAGAAUGGAAAGGCAUUCGCCUGUGUCAACCUCUGGAAAAACCGAGAAGCACCUGCCUGUGUCACCUUCCGGGAAGACGGACAAGCAACCCCCUGUCUCUCCCACCUCAAAAACAGAAAGGAUCGAGGAGACGAUGUCUGUUCGGGAGUUGAUGAAGGCUUUCCAGUCGGGUCAGGACCCAUCUAAACAUAAGACUGGGCUCUUUGAGCACAAAUCGGCAAAACAAAAACAGCCACAAGAAAAAGGCAAAGUCCGGGGAGAAAAAGAAAAGGGACUGACAGUCACUCAGAAGGAGACACAGAAAACGGAGACUCAGACAAUCAAACGAAGCCAGAGAUUCCUGGUGACGGGACCUCCAGAAUCCAGAAGAGCAGCCCGUGCUUCCUCCAUAGGGUUUAAGAGAGAAGAGGGAGCUGGAGAAAGGGGGAAAGCUCUCAACCACAAAACACCGGAGCCUGUUCAGUCAGCACCUGAAGAAGAAAGCCAUAAAGAAGAAAGCCCCAAAGAGAAGCUAGCUGAUGAACAGGGAGACAUGGAUCUCCAGAUCAGCCCCGACAGGAAAACCUCUACUGACUUUUCUGACGUCAUCAAGCAGGAGUUGGAAGACAAUGACAAAUACCAAGAGUUCCGCCACAGCGAGGAGACGGAGAAGGCACAGCUUCACUUAGACCAAGUGCUCACUAGUCCUUUCAACACAACCUUCCCACUAGAUUACAUGAAAGAGGAAUUCCUCCCAGCCCUGUCCUUGCAGAGCGGUGCUUUGGAUGGCAGUUCUGAAAGUCUGAAGCAUGAAGGGGUAGCUGGCUCUCCCUGUGGCAGUCUGAUGGAAGGGACCCCCCAGAUUAGUUCAGAAGAAAGCUAUAAGCACGAGGGCCUAGCAGAGACCCCCGAGACAAGCCCCGAAAGCCUUUCUUUCUCACCAAAGAAAACUGAGGAGCAAACUGAGGAAACAACCAAGGUAGAAACACCACCAGAAAUUCAUUCGGAAAAAGAAGAUCCCUCAACCAAAGAUGUUACAGACAGUUCGGCAGGGCAAGGUGCUGUAGUCACUGGGGGCACGGAGCCCUCUGCUGAAUGUUUGCUGAAGGAGGCCACCCUAGAACCUUCCAAAGACACAUGCCCCCAACCAGAAGAUGAAGGCCUUGACAGUCAAGGUGAAUCAUUAGCAAAAGAAACACCCAAAGGACUGACUGAGGGAGUGCCCCAUGGUGAAGAUCCACUUACACAUGAUAGUUCAGCCCAUGAGAAUCAAACUGAUACAGAAGCUCAGAAAUCCACAGCCAGCAAGCCCUCGGAUGAGACCGCAGCCUCACCCCUGCCAGAUGCUGUCGUAAAGACAAGCCCAGGGACUGAAUCAAAGCCCCAGGGAGCCAUUAGAAGUCCCCAAGGGUUAGAACUUGCCCUCCCUAGCCGCGACAGUGAGGUCUUCAGCCCUGGGGCUGAUGAAUCCUUCGCAGUGAGUCACAAAGACUCUCUGGAAGCCAGCCCAGUGCUAGAGGACAACUCCUCACACAAAACUCCUGAUUCUCUGGAACCGAGUCCUCUGAAAGAAUCCCCUUGUCGUGACUCUCUUGAAAGCAGCCCUGUUGAACCAAAGAUGAAGGCGGGAAUUCUCCCAAGUCAGUUUCCCCUUCCUUCGGCUGUUGCCAAAACAGAACUCAUCACGGAAGUGGCCUCUAUGCGGUCCCGGCUGCUCCGAGACCCAGACGGCAGUGCUGAGGAUGACAGCCUUGAACAGACAUCACUUAUGGAAAGCUCAGGGAAGAGCCCCCUUUCCCCUGACACCCCCAGCUCCGAAGAAAUUAGCUAUGAGGUCACACCCAAAACCACAGAUGCAGGCACACCAAAACCAGCUGUGAUUCCUGAAUGUGCAGAGGAGGAUGACUUAGAAAACGGAGAGAAAAAGAGGUUCACACCUGAAGAGGAGAUGUUUAAAAUGGUAACCAAAAUCAAAAUGUUUGAUGAACUUGAACAAGAAGCGAAGCAGAAAAGGGACUACAAAAAAGAACCCAAGCAAGAAGAAUCUUCUUCGUCCUCUGAUGCAGAUGUUGACUGUUCAGCAGACCUGGAUGAACCAAAAUGUAUGGAGAGCAUAGAGGAUAAAAGCGAUGCCCCUGUGGUGGUAACAGCAGAGAGCAGGAAAGCAUCUUCCUCCUCAGAAAGUGAACCUGAGUUGACCCAGCUGAAGAAAGGUGCUGACUCUGGCCUUUUACCAGAGCCAGUUAUUCGAGUGCAACCCCCUUCCCCACUUCCAUCCAGCAUAGACUCAAACUCCAGUCCCGAAGAAGUACAGUUCCAGCCUAUCGUUUCCAAACAAUACACUUUCAAGAUGAAUGAAGAUACUCAGGAAGAUUCAGGUAAAUCAGAAGAAGAAGAAGGUUGUGAAUCUCAUUUACCUGAAGACAGUCAUACUGUUUCCACUAGUGGUCCGGAAAUGUCUUAUGAUGAUAUAAACAGAGAUGCUGAUCAACCAAAAAUCUGUGGUAGCUAUGGCUGUGAGGCUGAGAGUCCUAGCAGCUCAGCCAUUCCUGUCACUUUAGGUCUCCACAGUUCCACUGGUGAGGGUGUCAGUGAGCAGCUAGUUAUCCAUAAGGAACCAUUAGCUCUCCAAGACACUGGUGAAAAAGACACAGAAGGAGAAGAGCUGGAUGUUUCUAGAGUCGAAGCUCCUCAUGUAGGUUACCCCACUGAAAGCUCUUCAUCUUCGUCUUCUCUGCCUCAUUGUCCAGCAUCUGAAGGAAAAGAAUUAGAUGAAGAUGUAGUCUCUACAUCCUCUGCUACAAAAAUGGAGGUCACAAAAGCUGACCAAGCUUUUGAGAGCUUACCAGAGGACUAUUCCACUCAAGACUUGCCUAUCACUACUCAAACAGAUAGCUCAUCUUUGGAUGUCCCAGUGUCUGACCCAACAGAGACUGAUGACAUCUCUGAUCCUCAAGUCACAAGCCCUUAUGAAAAUGUUCCUUCUCAGUCUUUUUUCUCCAGUGAAGAAAGCAAAACCCAAACAGAUACAAGACACACAAGUUUUCACUCUUCUGAAGUGUGUUCUGUUACCACCACAUCCUCUGUUGAAGAAGUAGUGGUGACAAGCUCCUCUGGAAGAACUGUUUCAAGCCAGGAAUCUAAUCUUGAGGACCAGAACUUAGAAUGCAAACAAGAGAGCCCCUUGUGUGAAGUGCAACCAGAUGGAGCCCCCUCAUCUCUAGAGCCAGCUGUACCAACUACAUCAACAGUUGUUGGUGAACAAAUAAGCAAAGUCAUCAUCACAAAAACCGAUGUGGAUUCUGAUUCCUGGAGUGAAAUCCGUGAGGAUGAUGAAGCCUUUGAGGCUCGAGUGAAAGAGGAAGAACAAAAGAUAUUUGGUUUGAUGGUAGACAGACAAUCACAGGGUACCACCCCUGACACCACUCCUGCCCGGACCCCAACUGAAGAGGGGACCCCAACCAGUGAGCAAAACCCUUUUCUCUUUCAGGAAGGAAAAUUGUUUGAGAUGACCCGAAGUGGUGCCAUUGAUAUGACCAAAAGGUCCUAUGGAGAUGAAAGUUUUCACUUUUUCCAAAUCGGGCAAGAAUCCAGAGAAGAGACUCUCACUGAAGACAUGAAAGAAGGGGGUACUGGCACUGAACUCCCACAGCUGGAGACAUCAGCUGAGUCAUUAGCACCCUUAGAAUCAAAAGAAACAGUGAAUGAUGAAGCAGACUUAGUCCCAGAUGACCUGAGUGAGGAAGUAGAGGAGGUACCCACUUCGGAUGGUCAACUUAACUCCCAAAUGGGGAUUUCAGCCUCCACUGAAACGUCAAUGAAAGAGGCUGCUUCUGCAGGGGCUGAGGACCUCCCCUGCAUUCAAAUGAGUGAUACACCUUCUCUGUCCCUUGUGAAGCAGGCAGCUUGCCCUGACUCCCCUGAACCGGUUGUACAAGUGCAGUUAGAUUUUUCCACAGUCACUAGGUCCGUCUAUUCAGAUCGGGAUGAUGAAUCUCCCGAUUCUUCUCCAGAAGAACAGAAAUCAGUCAUUGAAAUCCCCACUGCACCCAUGGAGAAUGUGCCUUCUACUGAAAGCAGAUCCAAAAUCCCUGUAAGGACUAUGCCCACUUCAACCCCAGCAUUUCCUUCUAUGGAGUGUGAGAGUGCCCCUUCUGAAGGUUUUCUACCCAGCCUGGAUGAGGAAAGUCAAGAGGAUGAGACAAAACCAAAGUCUAAAAUCCCUGUGAAAGCACCUGUCCCAAGAGCUGAGCAGCAGCUUUUGCAUCUAGAUUCAUCUUGUCCUCAGGGACAGGACGUGACAAGCAGAGCACCAGACAGUAGAAGCAAAUCUGAAUCUGAUGCCAGUCCUUUGGACGCAAAGAUCACAUGUCCAGAAAAAACUAGAAGUUACACUGAGACGGAUCUGGAAAGCAGCGAGGGGACAGAGGAGCUGGAGUUAGAGUCAGAAGACGAGACCACGAGACCAAAGAUAUUUGCAUCACGAUUGCCAGUAAAAAGCAAAAGCACAACCUCUUCCUGCAGGGGGGCCACGAGCCCCACAAAAGAAAGUAAAGAGCAUUUCUUUGACCUUUACAGGAACUCCAUAGAAUUUUUUGAGGAGAUUAGUGAUGAGGCUUCCAAGUUAGUGGAUAGACUUACACAGUCAGAAAGGGAGCAGGAGUUAGUUUCAGAUGAUGAAAGUAGUAGUGCUCUGGAAGUUUCCGUAAUUGAAAAUCUGCCACCCGUUGAGACCGAGCAGUCAAUUCCUGAGGACAUCUUUGACACAAGGCCCAUUUGGGAUGAGUCCAUUGAGACUCUGAUUGAACGCAUCCCUGAUGAAAAUGGCCAUGACCAUGCUGAAGAUCAACAGGAUGAGCAGGAACGGAUUGAGGAAAGGCUGGCUUAUAUUGCUGACCACCUUGGCUUCAGCUGGACAGAGUUAGCAAGAGAACUGGAUUUCACUGAGGAGCAAAUUCAUCAAAUUCGAAUUGAGAACCCUAACUCCCUCCAAGACCAGAGUCACGCGCUGUUGAAGUACUGGCUAGAAAGGGACGGGAAACAUGCCACAGAUACCAAUCUCAUUGAAUGUCUCACCAAGAUCAACCGAAUGGAUAUUGUUCAUCUCAUGGAGACCAUCUCAGAGCCUCUCCAGGAACGCAUCAGUCAUAGCUAUGCAGAGAUUGAACAGACCAUUACACUGGAUCAUAGUGAAGGGUUCUCGGUACUUCAGGAGGAGCUAUGCACUGCACAGAACAAGCAGAAAGAGGAGCAAGCUGCUUCUAAAGAGGGCGAGUCCUAUGAUCACCCUCCCAUCGUCUCAGAGGAAGACAUUUCCGUUGGUUACUCCACUUUUCAGGAUAGCAUCCCCAAAACUGAGGGGGAUGGCUCAGUAACAGAACUCCUUCCCAAGACUCACGAGGAGCAAGUUCAGCAGGAUUUCUCAGGGAAAAUGCAAGACCUGCCUGAAGAGUCAUCUCUUGAGCAACAGGAAUACUUUGUGACAACCCCAGGGACUGAAGCAUCAGAGACCCCAAAGGCUACUGCAGCUCCUGGCUCCCCCAGCAAGACACCUGAGGAAAUCAUCACCCCUCCCGAGGAAGAGAGGCCCUACCUUCAGACCCCGACAGCGAGUGAGCAGGGAGACUCUCCCAUCAUACAAGAACCCGAAGAGCCCCCAGAACAUAGGGAGGCGAGUUCGCCUCGGAAAACUAGCCUCGUGAUAGUGGAGUCUGCUGAUGACCAGCCACAGACCUUUGAAAGGCUUGAUGAAGAUGCAGCUUUUCAAAAGGAGCUAACAGAGGAAUUAGGUGAGCUGGAGGCCAGCUCAGAUGAGGAGGCGAUGUUAACCACCAGGGUGGUCCGCCGGCGAGUGAUUAUUCAGGGAGACGAUAUGCCUGACAUACCCCCGGAAACAGUCACCGAAGAGGAGUACGUGGAUGAACACGGACACACUGUGGUAAAGAAGGUGACUAGGAAAAUCAUUAGGCGGUACGUAUCCUCUGAUGGCACAGAGAAAGAGGAGAUGACGAUGCAGGGGGCGCCACAGGAUCCCAUCAGCAUUGAGGAAGGGGAUGGCUAUUCCAAAGUCAUAAAGCGCGUUGUGUUAAAGAGUGACACCGAGCGGUCAGAGGUAACUUUGUCUGAGCCCAGCAUCUUGUCCAGUACCUCACAAUUUCAGGCUGAACCAGUGGAAGGCCGUAGAGUCAGCAAGGUUGUUAAAACAACUGUGGUACAUGGAGAGAGGAUGGAGAAACAUCUGGGAGAUUCUAGUUUAGCCACUGAUCUUCCUUCAGCCAAAGAUGACUUUGAAGAGGCUUUGAGUUACACAGGUAGCCACAUGAAAGUCCACUCCCCCAGUUUAGUAGAGAAUGCAGUCCUGAAGGAAGAUGGAUCAAUAAUUAGAAGGACAACAAUGAGUAAAGCUAGAACCCAGAAGAGGGCUGUGGUGAAGGACCAGCAUGGAAAGCGCAUUUACUUGGAGCACCUGGAGGAUGUCCCAGAAGCACUAGACCCGGACGACCUCCAGCACGACCUCCAGCAACUCCUUCGGCAUUUCUGCAAGGAGGACUUGAAGCCAGAGGCCAAGUGAGGGGCUGCCCAAUUCUCACCCCCGAAACCACACAUUCACUCGGUAGGCAACCUCCCGUUUCACUAGAGGAGGGACCUAACUGGCCUGAUUAAUGGGAUAUCCUGACAUUUCCACUUUUACCAAGUACACUGCAUUUUGUUUGAGUUUUUUCCCCACCCUCUUUAACUGUAAGCUAAUUUGUGACCAAAGAGAGCAUCCUUCCCUCCGGAUGCUGUAUCCACUACUUUGUUGUGUCUGUGCUAACCUGGGAACUGGCCACCUCCAUUGUUCUUCUUGGCUUCUGCACAAGCUCCAUGAAAAUCCAUUGCACAGAAGAACUUCACCUGCAGACCUCUUCCAAAUGACGAUACCUAGGACUCCUUCAAAGAGAGAUCUGUGUACAAUGUAUAUAGCUAAAAUGCUCAGACGAACAACAUAUUAAAAUUAAAACCACUGCCUAUCAUAACUACACUGGGCAUCACAGAAUAAGAGGCCUCUAGAAAUUGCUGCACAAUGGUUCAAUAAGAUAUUGCUAACACAAUCGAACGGUAAUACAGUCCUACUGCAAAAGAAGCACUUCAGACCUACCAUGUCCUUAGAACUUCCAGAGUAGCCCUGGCUCCUAGUUAAAGAUGGGUUAAUAGCCUUGAAGAACUGUCCUAACUAAGCACUUACUGCUGGUGCUGGCCAGCCGUGAUUUAUGACUCUCCAACCGCCACGGGGGUCGGGGGGGCGGGGAGGAAGGGAACGGAGGCCACAGGAUGAAACAGUGAGGUCUUCUGUUGCCAGCAGCUGCAUCCUGUGGCUGUCAAGCAUCUUCAGGUCCUUUAGAUUUUGGACACGUUGGCAGGGUAUUUUAAAAAGCUAUAACUACUGUAGUUUUCCAGUUCUCAUUGCUGCUUUAGCCAACCACGCUGUCUUAUUGGUGGUACUUUCUUCUGGCCACUGCACUGUAGAUAAUUCAUUGAAAACAAGAUUUGCCCAUUACACAAAUGAUUAAACUCCUUCACCUUGUUGGAGUGGUUUCUUCUUUUUUUUUUUCCCCCCCUCCAGGUUUAUAUCUUCUCUAACACCUGCAUGUAGCAUUUAAGAAUCAAAAUCACAGUCCAACCCCCUCUUCUAAUCACAUUGGUGGUUUUCAUUCUUUUUUACCCUCAGCAAGCACUUUUCACUUUUCGGCUAGGUCUGUUUUUUAGCCUGCAGACGAGAUUGAGAAAUCCUGAUGAAUUUGGUUUGGGUUAAAAUUUUUGGUUUAUUUACUUGAAAUCCAAACUCCCUUGGAAACUCUGAAGUGCAUUUGUGCACUUUCCUUUUUGUUUGUUUCAAAGAAGGGACUUUAAUUAUCUGAGUGAUUUCCAUGUCCUAUUCAUUAUUCCUCUAGUGGUUGAAGCUGUGUAGCAUUUGAACACAUAUAUAUAUAGUCACAAAUAUAUUCAUAUAAACAGUAUACAUUUUGAAUCAGUUAUUUGUUGAAGAAAAGUAUAUUCGAUGAAGAUGAAAUUUAAAAAUUUUAAAAACCAGAGUCUAUCCUCCAGGGAUUGAACAUUUUCCAACUCUAUCUGGUCUUUUCCUGUUGUGCAAAAAUGACUCAUCGUUCCGAAUGUCAAAAACAAACACGACAAACAAUGGCACUUCAUCAUUUCAAGGAAUGUUGCCAAGAGAGAAAAUUUCCUGGGAGGGAGGUUUCCCACAAGCCAAAUCUCCUAAGCCUCAAAUGCUUGCACUUUUUGGCAGUUGGAUAGGAAAUAAAACAUUCUUUGGCAGCCAAAAUGAAGGAGGCUGAUGGUGAAACUUUUUGGAUACACCAUGGCCUUCUGGUCCAAACCUUCAACUGGAGCUCCAGAAAAGCAUUUCUGUUGUGUUAUUUGCAGUGCAGAUGAUGUCUAUGUAACAACAUAAUGGUUAUUCACCUUUUUUUUUCUUUUGAUUUUUGCUGUGUAAUCAAAAACUUGAAUACUGUGAGAAGAAGUGAAUUUUCAGUUGAUGAAUCAGCAUCUUGUUCCCAUGGUGAUAACACUAAUUGAAUAUAUCUAUGAGGGCAUGUAUUAGUUAACGGAAAAAAAAAUACAACACUAACAAUACAUAGCUGCAAUGUGUACAAUGGCUGAUUUAAUUAAAUAAAAUGUACAAGUGUUCAAUGUG